GAGGGGAGGCGGGCCGACGGUCAGCGGCAGCAGCACAGCGGAGCGGCGGCGUCGACUCGGCGGUGACAGGGCGUUAUCUGCUGUACAUGUUAAAAACACACCACACCGGGAGGAAGACGCUCACGGAUCGGUAGAAGCACACCAGGAACCCUCAGUCCGUCAUGGAGUCCUAUGACAUCUUAGCUAACCAGCCGGUGGUGAUCGAUAAUGGUUCAGGGGUCAUCAAGGCCGGCUUCGCAGGAGACCAGAUCCCCAAAUACUGUUUCCCCAACUACGUCGGACGUCCUAAACAUGUUCGAGUGAUGGCCGGAGCCCUGGAGGGAGAUCUGUUCAUCGGACCCAAAGCAGAGGAGCACCGGGGCUUGUUGUCGGUCAGAUAUCCGAUGGAGCACGGCAUCGUGAAGGACUGGAACGACAUGGAGAGGAUCUGGCAGUACGUCUACUCCAAGGAGCAGCUGCAGACCUUCUCUGAGGAGCAUCCUGUGCUGCUGACUGAAGCUCCUCUGAACCCCAGCAAGAACAGGGAGAAGGCAGCCGAGGUUUUCUUUGAGACCUUCAACGUCCCGGCGCUCUUCAUCUCCAUGCAGGCUGUGCUCAGCUUGUACGCUACAGGACGGACCACCGGCGUCGUCUUGGACUCCGGCGACGGCGUCACCCACGUGGUUCCGAUCUACGAGGGCUUCGCCAUCCCGCACUCCAUCAUGAGGGUCGACAUCGCCGGCCGAGACGUGUCCAGAUACCUGCGACUGCUGCUGCGCAAAGAGGGAUACAACUUCAACACGUCAGCCGAGUUCGAGGUGGUUCGUACCGUCAAAGAGAGAGCCUGUUAUCUUUCUCUGAACCCACAAAAGGACGAGACUCUAGAAACAGAGAAAGCUCAGUAUGUUCUGCCUGAUGGAAGCACUUUAAAUAUCGGUCCGGCGAGGUUCAGAGCUCCAGAGCUGCUCUUCAGACCCGACCUGAUCGGAGACGAGAGUUCGGGGAUCCACGAGGUUCUGGCCUACGCCAUCCAGAAGUCCGACAUGGACCUGAGACGCACACUGUUCUCCACCAUCGUCCUGUGUGGAGGCUCCACGCUCAUCAAAGGUUUUGGGGAGAGGCUACUAACUGAAGUCAAGAAACUGGCACCCAAAGACGUGAAGAUCAAGAUCUCUGCUCCUCAGGAGAGGCUCUACUCCACAUGGAUCGGCGGCUCCAUCUUGGCGUCGUUGGACACCUUUAAGAAGAUGUGGGUGUCCAAGAGAGAAUACGAGGAGGACAGAGCUCGAGCCAUCCACAGGAAGACCUUCUAGUCUGGACCAGACCUGCCCUCAGACCCCCAAACAGCUGGAGACCCCCAACAUCUGGGUCCAUCAGCAUCCUGCAUCCACCCGACUGCUUCAAACACCAGGAACUCACCUGCUCAGGUGCAGUUUCCCUGUUUCUCCAUGAGCUCCUGGGUACCGAGGGCAGAGCAGCACUGUGGACUCUGGUUCUUCUGCGUUCUCUAGUCCAGUCUGGUGUCGCCUUCGAAGCCCCGGAGCUUCACAGUAUCAUGAAAUGUCAAUAAACCUGAAUGUUUUUUUGUUUUUUUUGUUGAAGUUUCCAUUCCAGACCGAAGACUUUUAUUUGAUGUCUCUUUUGUAGUUUUUUUGCAGGUUUCAUAGCUAGUUGGUGAGAUCGGCUCUGUAUUAUAAACUGCAGCUAUGAAGCGGUUAAUUUAUCAUCCAACUGUUCUUCUGUCUUUAUCACCACAGAACGACGGGAACAUGUUCAGUUUUAUGUCGGCGUUUUGUGUCAGCUGACGGAUUAAAACCACCUGGAAGAAACGCCUCCAUCUAGUUUUGUUUUCUAAAUGACUCUGCUUCAGGUUAACUCUGAACCCAGCGGCGUAGAUUCAUCUCAAACCUUUAAAACACGUUUCACAUCCAUUUUAACGCUUCAAAAUACCACAAAAGGCCCUGAGAAACUCUGGUUUGUUGCUGUUUUUCUUCUCAUUUGGUGGAUUUAUCCACAUUUAGUUUUUUUAAAUGCAGUUCGGUCUUUGAUGUUGACGCACAAAUCAUUAAAACUCUUUAUGUGAAGCAAAAAUACACAUUUCAGCUCCAUUUUAACACUUCAGAUUCAAACACCCAGAAAAACUCUGAUUUGUUGGUGUUUUUGUUCUCAUUUAGUGGUUUUAAAUCUGCUAAUCAGUUCAGUUUUUGACGUUUUCUUGAGAUUUGAACAUGCAGAAACCAUUAAAACUCUUCAUGUGCAGUAAAACACGUUUCAUCUCCAUUUUACUGCUUAAAAUUCAAACAAAAUGGCAUAGAAUUCCCUAAAAUGCUGGUUGUUGGUGUUUUUGUUCUUACUGAUUUUUCUUACAUUACAAUCAAAUCUAGUAGCUUUAGUUACUAAGGAGGCUUCUUUAGCUAGCUGAUAGUCAGAACCCCCCAAAUCCUCUUUUUACAUUCAUUUACAGCAAAGAAAAGCAGGACAACUUUGCUUUUAAUAAAUCAGAAGAAGCUAAAAGUGAUAUUUUCUGUCAAUACACUUCAAAUUUCAUGUACUUUAGUAGUUCACAUUUCUGGUUGUGUUGACCCAAAAAAUCAGCAGUUAGCUAAACCUAGCGCUAAGAUGUAGGCGUCUUAAGCUAACCAACAGUCCAAAAAACCCAAAUCGUCAUUUAUGGCAAAGAGAAGCAGGACAACUUUGCAUUAAAGAAAUUAAAACUGAUAUUUUCUGUUAAAACAGAAAAAUUUUAGUCAUUUUUAUUGGUUUGUGAUCACUUUGACUAUUCACCCCUAAAAGCUGCAGUUUCCAGAUGCUAACUAAAAUGCUAACCAACGAUCCAACAACCCAAAACAUUCAGAUUACUGUUACUUAUGGCAAAAGAAAAAACAUUUUUUACAUUCAAGAAGUUAAAAACUCAAGCUGUUGGGGAGUUUAAUGUUAAUCUGUAAAUACGCAUCUAAUUUCAUCAAUCCAGUAGUUUGCAAAUAAGGAGGCAACUUAAGCUAACCGAGAGUCCAAAAACCUUCCAAAUAUUCAGUUUAUGUCAUUUAUAGCAAAGAAACUUUGAAUUAAAGAAAUUAAAACUGAUAUCUUUUGUCAAAACGCAACAAAUUUCAGCAACUUUAAUGGUUUGAGAUCACUUUUCUGAUUGCACUCACCCUGAAAAGCAGCGGCUAGCUAACACUAACCCUAAAAUGGAGGCAUCUUAAGCUAACCAACAGUCAAAGAACCCCCAAAUAUUCAGUUUGUCAUUUAUAGCAAAGAAAAACAAAACGUCUUUACAUUGAAGAAGUUAAAACUGUCAUUUUCCUGUAAAACACUACAGUUUUCAUGAAUUUUCUGUCACUUUUUUGGCUCCGUUCCUCCUGAAUAGCCGCUGUUAGCUGGAGAUGCUAACUCAGAGGUUAACUUCUGUGUUUUCUGUGAUUCAGGAGGUUUUAUCAGGCGUUCCUUGAAGCUACAGCUGAGUGUAAAGUUUCCGUGAUGCAGAGUCAGCGAUGGGAGGUUAAAUAAUCCUGUAAAUGUUCGUCUAAUAAAUCACAGCUCGGUUGCAUGUUCAGUUAGCGGUGAGCAGAAGACUUUUGUAAUAUUCCCUCCUUCCUCUCUAUUAAACUCUGAUUCCCCUGCAUCUCCGGGGCAGUGAAGGCGUCGUGUUGCCUUCAGGUCCGGAGCGUCCACGUCGUCCUGCUUCUGGGUGUUUUUAAAAAAGAUCAAACAUUUAAAAAAAACAAACAAGAGGAGCGGUUGUGGAGCGUCUUCAGCCUCGUGUACAGCGGAAUGCUUUCAGAACAACCACCAGAUCCAUCGGUAACAAACUAAAAAUGUACAAAACUGUUUAUUCAAGUGUUUGCUUUUACUUUUCGUAAAUUCAGUAUAAUAAAUAAGUUAAUGGCUGCUG